UAAAAAAGGAAAAUAAUAUCUCCCCCACCUUUUCGUCUUCCCCAACUCUCCCGAGAACCCUUCCAUCGUCCCGCCGUCGUGAACCCUCCCCAACCCUUUCCACCUCGUCGACGAUAAAUUUCCAAUGUUGUGUAAGACCACAAAUAGGUCCCCGGACCCCUUGCUGUGAAGCUCGAGCCGAUGCACGACUCUUCGCGGACGAUGGGAAAGGUGGUGAAUUGAUAGGCUCGGGAGAUCGGCCCGCCAUCGGGGAGGAGGGAGAGAAAAUGCUUCUGGCGGGUUCGGAGGUCGUAAGCGGCGAGGUCAACUUUAGAUACCGGGAUAUAAAAUCGCGAUUACGAUUGGCAAAUUAGAGAUUUCGAGACACAAAGGUUAGGGUUCACAGAUUGGGAUUUCAAAAUCCAACACCGGCAAGCCCUUUAAAAUGGUCGCCUGUCGCCGUUGGUUAGCACCGUCUCGUUCUUCAUCUCGCCGGCAAUGAGAGGAUGUCAUGAUAUUGUUAAUCUAACUGGCAGCAUCAAUCUUCGCCUCUGGGUUUUGUUCAUCGCCAGAUCUGGGUUGGGAAUAAGAGCUUCCCGUAUACUGGGAUGCGUUCGCUAUCGUCAACAAUGGUGGCCGGGCAUCGUCCAGAAUGGUGAGUUUUAUCGACGAGAAAGAUGAAGAACAGAAGAAAUUAUGGUUUUUUAAUUUAUUUUAAAUAAAAGUGAUAAUGAGGUGGAAAUGAUAUGUUAAUUUUGAAAAUUUUAAUUUUAUUAUUUUUAAAUUGUCACGUCACACAUUUAACGAUCAACUUUUAGAGUUGACCGUCAUGUAAGCAAAAGUUAACGGAGUUGGACGGAGAGUGAGCAAACGUGAACGGUUUCAGUAAAAUGAAGUACCACCAAUGGAUUUAAAUAUUUUGAGUGACCAAACUUGAACGCUUUUUGUAAUCUCAGUGACCAACCAUGCAAUUAACCCAUAAUGAUAACUAAUAAAAUCGUAUAGUCUUAAUUAUACAACGGCGCAGUAAUGCUUACGUCGAAGUAGUGAUGUGAUACUUCUGAUUUUGGAUUGUCUGCUCUUACCUGGUUAUUAUCUGGCUUGUAAUUGAUGUUAGUAAACGGUAUAUGAUCCACGACUGAACCUCUCCCAACAACUUUAGGACUCCCCUUGCAGUGCUUAUGGUACAACUAGGUUUUACAUUUCCUUGUUUAUGUCAAGGACUUAUGUGCCGACAGGCGACAAUGUCGUAGCAACAAUCAGAGUCGAGCAAUAGCAUGUGACAUAUGUCAUUUAAAGAUAAGGGUGAAUGAGAAACACAACAAAUUAAAAUUAGACAAGAGAAUGACCGACAACCCACUUUUCAUCGUGCCCUAGACGUGGUGAUUGUCCAAGUAGGGAUGGGCAACAAGGUGGUUGAACCACAGUUUGAUACGAACUUACAAAUAACUCAAAUCAUGGAUGAGUAGUUUAUGUGGGUGGAUUGUGAGUAGGGGUGAUAAACGGUUAGUCGGUUAUCGGUUUUAACCGAUAACCGAACCAAUAAAGUCGGUUAGUGGUUAACCGAUACUCGUUACUUCCUUAUUAAUUUCGGUUUCGGUUAGUAGUAUUUUGGUUAGUGGUUAACCGAUAAGAAAACCGAUAACCGCCAACUAGUGUGACUACAUGGUUUUUUACUUUGGCUAAGGGAAAAAGUUGUAAGAUUCAAAACCAAUCAAAGUUGCAAUUCCAAACAUCCCAAUUCUCACCUAUUGCAAACAACCCUCCAUCAAGAGUCUCAAAUGUUUUUAAGAGUUAGACAAACCCACUAAAAUGGACCAAACCCUAGCCCUGAUCCUCCACGGCUGCAACUUAGCCCGGCAGCUGGAAUCCAACCUCGUCCACUUCGCCCAAAACCCCGAACCGCUCGCCAAAUCCUGCGACGAGAUACUCACCGUCUUCCUGACCUGCAAGGACAGGCUGCAGCUACUCUUCCGACAGAGCAACCCUCCUCCUCCUCCUCCUCCUCAGCCGCCGCAGGCGGUCAAUGCGGUUGACCAGAGCGGGAUCCAGCAGUGGCUGAGGACCGCCGCCAUGGAGAGGCUCCACGCGCAGGUUCUCGAGAAUAUGGCUGCUUGCACUGGCAGCAGCGGCGCUUCGGUGACGGCGGCCGGUACGGUGGCGGGUGGGUCGGAUUCGGCGGCGGUGCGGGCGGUGGCAGCGUCCUCGUCGGGGUCUCAGCAAAGGAGGAGAAGGCAAGCAAAACAGCCAAAACUUAUUGCCUUUUGGAAUUAUUAUUAUUUAGUCGGGUUGAUCAUAUUUUUGCAUUCCAAACUACACGUCUUGAUGUUUUCUUUCUUUCUUUCCCUAUGCAUGCAUCCUAAACAACCGAAGCAAAAGCGACCAAGUCAUUAGCCUUUAAGUGCUCUCUUCUCUUGUGCACAAAAUUUUCUAAUCUUACUCACUAAUCACUAUAUAAGUCCCUCUAUCUUUCGCUAAUAAUUACUAGCUAGACCUACAAACCCAACAUUAGUACUCAGUUAUACAAUCUUGUGCAGAAAAUCUAACUAACUUCUAACUUCACCUACGCUCUUUUUUAAAUAAAUAAAAUUUGUAUUGUUCG